UGUCAGAAGUAGAUUUAACAAUUUUUUUAAAAUAAAUACAAGUUAUUCUAAUAAAUUUUAAUAUUUUUUACUUUAUACUAUAAAAAUGAGUUCUGAAGAUAUUAUAGAAGAAACUCAGUUAGAAGAAAGUACAGAAGUAGACGAUGGAUUCAGUCAGAAAUUAGUACUAGAGGAAAGUUUAUCAUUUGUUGAAGAUGAAAAAAAUGAAAGUCAAAGUGUUUUAGAUUCUUCAAACAAUGAAAAUAAACCCGUUGAAAAAGAAUCUAAAGUUACAGAAAAAAAAGUUGAUGAAGGAGAGUCUAAACCUUUAGAAAAUAAAAUCAUCCACGAAGAGGAGUCUAAAAUUGAAGAAAAAGCUGUUGAAGAUGAGUCUAAAAUUGAAGAAAAUAAUGAUGUUGAAGAAGAGACUAAAAAUGAUAACACUAAAUCCAAAAAUAUUUCGGAUGCUCCUGAUUCAAAGAAAGUCGAUAAUAAAGAGGAAACUGUACAAGAUCAAGAAAUGAAAGAUAUUAAUGAUAUCGACAGAUUAGAGUCCCAAGAUAUGUUUGAAAAUGAGGACAAAAUUGAAACAAUUGAGUUAGACAAAUCAGAAAAUGAACUUAGAGAAAAUGAAGCAUCAAGAAAACGAAAAGCAGAUGAAAUAGAAUCCAAUUUACCAACUAAAUUGAAGAAAAGUGAAUCUGAGUCUGAUGGUGGUAAAUCAGUUGAUAUUGAAAUCCAAGAAAAAACGGAAGAUACAAAACCAAGCGAAGUGGUGAAAAGUAAUAGUAGCACUGAAUCUAAUGUUUCGUAUUCCGUACUUUCUGGAAAAAUUAAUUUAAGUCAAUAUGAAAAAUCUUUAAACAAUUCUACAGUAGAAGUUUCAUCCAGUGUGGAAAUUAUUGAAAAUUCUUCCGAAGAUUCAAAGGAUAUAAUAGACUUGGCCAAGGAUUCAAGUAAUUCAUUAGAAAUUGUUAAAAGUGAGGAUAUGAAAGAUUCAAUCACAAACGGUGGAACUACUACUAAUGGAAAAAUUGAUGAGAUUCAUGAGGCAGAAACGGAACCUGUUGAAACGGAAAAAUUGCUUAAUUCUGAUUCAAACAUUUCAAAACCAGUUAACUCCGAUUCUGAAACAACAAAUAAACAAUUGCCUGAUCAUUUUGUUCCAGAUUUAGUUGAUAAGUCUGAUAAUAUUUCACCAAUUGCUCAUAAAGAUAGUUCUGUGUGUACUCAAAAUGGUAGCUCUUCUACUCCCAAUUUAGAAAACGAUCAAAGUGAUAGUUUUAAGUUAAAGCCAGAAAUUUCUACAAAAAAACACAUAUUUUAUGUUGAAGUUACUUACACUGUUUCUGAAGAUAAAGAUGUCGUGAAUAAAGAAAUUACUCAAGUGUUGUGCGAAGACAUUUCGGAAAUUAAUAACUAUAACAAACGAAUCUCUGAUGUAUCAACAGGUGCUUUAGGAGAUGUAUCCAAGAAUACUUCUCCUAGUAGUAGUAUUAGUGUUCCUCCAUUUAAUUUACCUAAUCGUUAUUCUAUAUUGUCUAAUACUUCUCGAUUGUCAACUCUUUCCCGGUAUUCUACGAGUAGUUCUUCAUCUAUAAUGAGUUCCGCUAGCGCAUUAGCCGGUCGAUCAUCUAUCAUUCGAAAUGAAGAACAUUUUUUAAUUCCAGAGAUUCCUUUGAAUAAAAGUAAAGAUAAACAAUUUAUGGAUUCGAAAAACCUUACAACUGAUCAAGUAUCGUUUAUUAAAUCGCAUUGGAAUAACUCUGAACAAUUGCUUAAAAUUCUUGAUGCCAUUGAUCAUAGUCCGUAUUCCAUGAAUAUUUCUGCAAAUUAUAAUGAGAAAACAUCACCAUCAGCUGAACAUUUAAAUGAUGAGAAUGAUAUAAUUAUUGAAAGGGAGAAGUUGCGUACUCCAGAGAAAAAACUAGAAAGUAUUAACGAAAUGAAUACUCCUAAAAGUGAAAAACGAUCUACCCGUAAAAAACGUGUACCCAAAUCAUUAGCUGAAAAUUCAGAAACAAGUGAAGUUUCAACUCCUACAUCCAAUAAUCGUGGGCGUGGUGCUCGAAAAACAAAGAGAACCAAUACUAUUGAUCAAGAUAUAGAUAACCAAUCAUCAUCAAAUAAUAUAUCCGAUAUGCCAAUUCAAUCUGGUAAUAUUUCCGUAGGUCAAAGUGUAUUUGCUCGUUGGACAGAUCGAAAAUAUUAUUCUGGAAUCGUACAAGAACAUGUAAAAGGUAACAAAUGGAACGUUAAAUUCGAUGAUGGAAACACAAAAGUUUUAAUUGAGGAUUAUAUUUUAUCGGGAUGUCACACGUUGUUAAAAGGACAUUCAGUUUAUGCACGAAUUAAGAAAAGUGGAGAAUAUGAAACAGGUAUUGUGACUGAGUUAUGGCUUGAGAAAGGAAAAGUUCGGUAUAAAGUAGAAAUUGAUGGAGGCGCUGUUGUAAAAGCGUUUGCUGAUGAACUAUUUUUAACAGAAGAUCAAGCAAAAACAGUAAAAGAAUUAAAUCGUAUUGUUACUCCACCAGGCACUCCAAAAUUAGGACUUGUGACAUUAGAUAACAUAGUAGAAGGCAAAAGAGCCACACGUUCAAACAGAAAAUAUGCUAAUGCCGCUUUCAGUCCUAGACCAGGAGUUUCUGGAACAAGAAAAAUGACACCGCGUAAAUUAGAUUCUGAAGAUGAAAAAUCAAUUGAUUCUAGAAGUGAAUGUGCUCUGGAAGAAGUAGGCGGAGUUGAACCUGAAUUAAAAAAUUUUUCUACUCCGGCAAAAGCAAACAAAGGUCCGGGAAAAGUUAAAGGGACUGUUAAAGCCACAAAUCGAUUACCAAAAUAUAAAUUACAAGAUGAUAUAUUUGGUCCUAUUCCAGAAAAUAGUAAUAUUUUCAAUGGACUCUCUUUCAUUUUAGUAUGUAGCAACACGUCAGUGAGGAGUAAUAAAACUAGUGAAGAGAACAGUGUUAGUGAAUCCGAUACUGAAAAUGAAAUGAGAGAAUUUACUAAAAUACCAUUUUUAGAAGAGCAUCUUGUGCAACAAAUUAAUGGUGGUGGUGGUGUGUUGUAUCAACACUUUGAAGAUAUUCCACCAAGUGAUUAUGAUAUGUGUAAAUUAAUAUCGAAUCGUCCAAAUAAAACUGCUAAGUACAUUCAAUGCAUUGCUGCUGGCAUUACAAUUUUAAAUCAUGAAUGGAUUGUACGAUGUUGUCGUGAAAAUAAACGUCUACCUUUCCAAGAACUUCCUAUUGGAUGGUCUUUGGAGAAAAAUAAAUUUAUCGAUUCAUACCAUCGAAAGAAAGAUAAACCUUUUCAAGAUUUAUUAAUAUACUUGGCACCAAAUGUUGAUAAACAAUUUCUUAAAUUUUGGGAAAGGGUUUGCUCAUUAGCCGGUGGUACUAUUAUUGUUAUGACCGACGAAGACAUAGAUUUUUCAACAGCAACACUUUUAUUAGCCGAUAAUGAUUGUCCCGAAUCAAUUGUUGAUCGCGCUUUAAAUUGGGGUAUACCUAUACUGUCCACCAAUUGGGUUAUUCAAUCGAUUAUUCAUGGUGAAGCUAGACCUUUUGAUGGUCAUUCAAAAUACGCAUAUGAUUCUAUUGAUGAAGAUGUUUAAUUUCGUAGUUUUAAGCAUAUUCCAAAAAGUAAUUCAUUUAGAGUGUUCUAUUAUUAUUAGGAAUAACAUUUUAAGCUACUAAGUAUGUAGGUUUUUUA